GGCAUCGAGGAGCUGAUGGUGAGACAAGGGCCGUUCGACGGACUGUUCGGCUUCUCUCAGGUGGGCGCCCUCCUGUCGGCCGCGCUUGUUGGGCUCCAGCAACAAGGGCUGGCCUUGAACAGGGUUCCUAGGGUGAAGUACGUUAUGAUCAUAUCCGGUGCGAAGAUCCAGUCCCCGGCAUUGGCCGCCAAGGCGUACGCCAACAAGAUCAACUGCGCUUCGCUUCAUUUCAUUGGCGACGGUGACUUCGUGAAAGCCCACGGCGAGGAGCUGGCGGACUCGUUCGUGGAUCCGCUUGUCAUACGCCACCCGGCCGGGCACACGGUCCCCAGACUCGACGAGAAGGGCCUCCAGGCGAUGCUCAGCUACCUUGACAAGAUCGAAAGGGAUCUGGCGAGAGAUUAAUCAAUUGUGCUGACCGCCACUCUGUUUCAUGAGUUUAUGGCAUAGCAGACUAGUAGUAGUAACAUCUACUCCCUCUGUUCCUAAAUAUUACUAGCCUUUUAGAGAUUUUUAUAUGAACUACAUAUAGAUGUAUGUAGACGUAUUUUAGAUGUAAAUUCAUCCAUUUCGCUCCAAUGUAGUCCAUAUUAGAAUCGCUAAAAAGACCUAUAUUUAGGAGCGGAGGAAGUAACAUGGAUGACUGACAUUUGAAGACCA